AAUCUGCUGAGCUCUAGUGUUACGUUGUAUGUAUAUUUCAAGUACAGAAGGAACACCUCAAUUUACUCAUUUUUUGGUUAUAUAAUUUAUUUUACUGAAUCCAACAAAUAGAACAGAAUAGUAAAGAAUAAAAUUAUCGCAUAUCAGUUCCAAGAAGUUGAAGACAUCUAAAUUCAUCAUCUCAAAAAACCUUCAGCUUAAUUGUAAAUUGAAUUUAAUUGAACUGAAGAGAAAUAAACGUUUUAACAUCCGUCGACAUUAGGUUCCACCAUGUCGAGAGGAAUAUAUUACAGAAACUGUCUCAGAAAAUAUUUGCUACAACAGAAAUGUGCGAAUCUUCACCGACUGCGAAAUUGUCGCAUGAUCCAUGAAACGAUUCCUAUGCUUUCGCAUGUAUCCGUGUUUAAUGCAAAUGUAACUGAACAAACUGCUAUAAAUCAGAAACCAACAAGGAAUAUUAGAGAUGGACCAUCCUUAAAGGACUUCUUGAGUUCAUCUAUUAUCAAUAUUCCCAGUGAAGAACCGGUUCCUUAUAUUCAGAGCAUUCGUAGUGACAAUCAAAAAGUAUAUUUUGAGAUUUAUGGUUGUCAAAUGAACGUGAAUGAUGCUGAUAUAAUAUGGUCGAUAUUGAAAUCACAUGGCUACCAGCAUACACAAUGUCUGGACGAUGCAGAUAUUGUGUUGCUUGUCACCUGUUCCAUUAGGGACAGUGCUGAGCAGAAGGUAUGGAAUAAAUUGGAGAAUUUUAACGGCUUGAGAAACAAGAGAAGGAGGGUGAUUGGAAAGUCUAUGAAGAUUGGUCUCUUAGGAUGUAUGGCUGAACGCCUAAAAACUAAAAUAUUGGAUAGGGGAAAGCUUGUAGAUGUAAUAGCGGGUCCUGACAGUUAUAAGGAUUUGCCAAGGCUUCUGGCAGUAACGGAUGAUGAAACAGCUGUUAAUGUUGUAUUAUCAUUUGAUGAAACUUAUGCAGAUGUCACGCCAGUUAGACUUAAUCAGGAUUCUAUAGGAGCAUAUAUCUCUAUAAUGAGAGGUUGCGAUAACAUGUGCACUUACUGCAUUGUACCGUUUACAAGAGGGAGAGAGAGAUCCCGACCGAUCGCAAGCAUACUUGACGAAGUCCAGCAGUUGUCGGACCAAGGUGUAAAAGAUAUAACUUUACUUGGACAAAACGUGAAUAGUUAUAGAGAUUUAUCGAAAUCGGAAUUCGCUUUAUCAGCUAAUACAAAGACCCAGCUCGCCAAAGGUUUUAAAACGGUUUACAAGAAUAAGAAGGGCGGUUUGAGGUUUAGCGACCUUUUGGACAAAGUUUCCUUGAUUAAUCCGGAAAUAAGAAUAAGAUUUACAUCGCCUCAUCCCAAGGAUUUUCCUGAUGAGGUGUUGCAUUUGAUAGCCGAAAGACCGAAUAUCUGUAAGCAGAUUCACUUGCCUGCUCAAAGUGGCAAUUCUGUGAUUCUGGAGAGAAUGCGAAGAGGAUACACUAGAGAAGCGUAUUUAGAUUUGGUGAAUCAUAUACGGAAUCUUCUUCCACAUGUAUAUUUUUCCAGUGAUUUCAUCGCCGGGUUCUGCGGCGAGACAGAAGAGCAGUUUCAAGAUACAUUGUCGCUAAUAGAAGAAGUUAAAUACAAUAAUGCAUAUUUAUUUGCUUAUAGCAUGCGCGAGAAAACAACAGCACAUAGACGAUACAAGGAUGAUGUUGAAUCGCAUGUAAAGAUGGAUCGUAUGAAUCGUAUGAUUAAGUUAUAUAGAGAAGAGGUGGAAAAAUUGAAUAGAGCACAGAUAGGACAACAUCAACUUGUUCUCGUAGAAAGUACGAGUAAGAGAUCUGAUCAAAAAUUACAAAGUAGAAAUGAUGGAAAUGUGAGAGUUAUAUUACCAUCUGCGGCUAUCCCAAUUGCUCAACACUCCAUUACGACAAGGAGAAUACAAGCUGGUGAUUAUGUUGUCGUACGAAUUGACAACGCCAAUUCACAGUCUUUACAAGGAAUACCUUUAUAUCAUUCUUCAAUCACCGAACAUUUAUUAAACAAAUAACGACUAUUAUAUUAUUAUUAUUAUUUUAUGUAAUAAAGCUCCGGAGUUCCGGUGGCUCGGCAAAAAUUGAAAAGCGAUGAUAUGGUUUACGACUGAAUAAAAAUUGUUAACAUAAAUACUUAAAUAAUACACUAUUAUAUUCAUGAGCGAGCAAUCUACGUGCUCAGAAGAUAGAUAGAAACGUAAUUAGAAAAAUUCUUAAAAGGAAAAGCAAUAGAUGAUUUAUUAUUAUUAUUAACCACAUCAAUUGAAUGAGAUCCACACACUUGAAAACCUUUCUUCGCGUACAUGCUUUCAAUUUUUUUGUUUUAUCCGUUUCUUUUGACUCGUAUUUUUCUUCGUUAUAUCAUCGCGACAGUGAAUGCGGUGGGUACAUUAUUUCGGUGUGCAAUCUUGACGAGUGGAUGUCUUAACUUGCCACUCUACUUGAUUAUUCUUCGCGAGCAUUAACACUGAUUUUCGAAGUCAAAUUUAGAAACAGUAUACAAUUUAAUUAUUGAUUUUUUUUUAAACCUCACAAAUUAUGAAUUGAUCAUUUCUUGUGUACAAAUAUUUCCGUAAGAAAAAUAAAGAUUACUGUACCAGUCGCUGAAUAA